UCUGUCAUAAUAUUAUGUGUUUACAUAAAAUAGCCAAGCCAAGCCAAACCAAACAAAAAAAAGUUCUUUCACAAUUGUGGCUUGACGGCGUUAGUACCUGAGUACUAUAUUACACCUUUUAAUAAAUAAUUUAAAUUUCAAAAUGAGCGCGGAGGAGCGUAACUUUAGAUCCAUUUAUUAUGAGAAAGUGGGGUUUAAAAGUGUCGAGGAGAAGAAAUCUCUGGAAAUGUUACUUAAAGAGAGGCCCCUGGACUUGACGAAAUUAAGGCAAUUUUGUCUUCGGUUCACAGUUCCCCACGCUUAUCGUAGCUACGUGUGGAAACUCCUUUUGGAUGUUGUCCCCAGACUUGUACACAUACAUGAUUUCAUUAUGAGUCAAAGAAAACAAGAAUUUGAUGACCUCUAUCGCACCUUGGGGGUCCUAAGAAUACCUCCUGAUGAAAAAGCACCAAAGUCUGAAAAGUUUAUGGCCAUGUGGCUCAUUUUGACUGGCAAUUUAACGUUCAAUUUUAAUAUAGGGAGAAAUGAGCAUGGCUUGGGUUUCCUUGCAAUCGUAAAGUGUCUUUUGCAUUACUUUGAUGAUGAUGUGGAUAUCUUUUGGAUCGCCAGGAGGCUUUGUGAGAAUAUUAUGGAAUUGAAGAGGGACUUCCCUAAGUUAAUUGAUGCCACCCAUCAUUUGUUAGAGAAAGAAAACCCCCAGUUUUAUAAGAUAUUGAUGCAAAAUGGCUUGUUGGAAAAGUUACCGCUGGAUCAGUGGUUUGAUUGUUGUUUUGCCGGAGUACUCAAUGAAAAUUGCAUUAUUAAAAUUUGGGAUAAGAUUUGUGGAGGUUCUUAUAAGAUUCUGGCCUAUCUAGCCACAGUCACUUUGACCACAUUGAGCCACAAAAUAGUUAAUUUAAGUGACGCCAACAGCAUAACUCAAUGCAUUCAAAAUAUACCUGAAGAGACUGCCGACAUUAUCGUGAACAAAACUAUUGAUAUGUGGCAGCACCACGGAAGUCCUUUGACUGUUCACGACAGGCCUAAAGCGAUCUGAUAUAUGAAGUCACUAACAGAUUAUGGAUAAAAUUUGAUUUUGACUCAAUGAUGAUGUAGCAGCAAAAGAUCAGGAUUUCUCAGGAAUUGUUCUCCUCUGUCGCUUUUGCAUUGAUUUUCCAUUAAUAAAGGGAUGAACUCCAUCUUAUCCUACUGUUAUAGUACAAAGCCAAGUGUGGAAAGUGACACUUUUUAUUUAUUGUGGGUUUAAUAAAAAAAAUAUUUUAAUUAGUUCUAGGAUUAUUUUUAAUGGAUACAUUCAGUAUACUGUAGUAACUCAUUUUUUAUUACAUGUGUAGGUUAAUAAACAAAUAUUUCUUAACAGAA